AUGAAAUACGUUGUCGUUUCAGGUGGUGUUAUCUCAGGUAUCGGAAAGGGUGUUUUGGCCUCAUCUACUGGUCUUUUGCUCAAGACUUUGGGCUUGAGGGUCACUUCCAUCAAGAUUGAUCCUUAUAUGAAUAUCGAUGCAGGUACCAUGUCACCACUCGAGCACGGUGAAUGUUUUGUGUUGAACGAUGGUGGUGAAGUUGAUUUGGAUUUGGGUAACUAUGAAAGAUACUUGAACAUUACUUUAACCAAGAACCAUAACAUUACCACUGGUAAGAUUUAUUCCAAGGUCAUCGAGAGAGAAAGAAAAGGUGAUUACUUGGGUAAGACUGUGCAAGUUGUUCCACACAUUACAAAUGCCAUUCAAGAAUGGAUUGAAGAAGUGGCUAGAAUCCCAGUCGACGAUACCGGAUUGGAACCUGAGGUGUGUAUUAUUGAGCUUGGUGGUACUGUUGGUGAUAUCGAGAGUGCACCAUUUGUGGAAGCUUUGAGACAAUUUCAAUUCAGAGUUGGCUCGGACAAUUUUGCAUUGAUCCAUGUCAGUUUGGUUCCCGUGAUUCAUGGGGAACAAAAAACAAAACCUACACAAGCUGCAAUCAAAGACUUGAGAAGUUUGGGAUUGACUCCCGAUAUGAUUGCUUGUAGAUGUCAAGAAGAGUUAUUGACACAAACUGUUGAGAAAAUCGGUAUGUUUUGUCAUGUUGGACCUGAGCAAGUUAUUGCUGUUCAUGAUGUUAACUCGACAUACCAUGUGCCAUUAUUGUUGAAACAACAAAAGAUGAUGAACUUUUUGACCAAGAAGUUGACAAUUGGUGAAAUUCCACAAGCUGCCUUGCACAAGGGAGAACAAUUGUUGCAGAAAUGGAGACAGUUGACCAGCUCACACGAUAAGUCAUUUGAAACCGUUACUAUUGCACUCGUUGGUAAAUAUACUCAUUUGCAUGACUCGUACUUGUCUGUCAUCAAAUCACUUGAGCACGCUUCAAUGAGAUGUAAUCGUAGGUUAAAGAUUGAAUGGGUCGAGUCCACUGAUUUGGAAGAGGGAAUGAAGCAAGAAAAUCUUUCAAAGUACCAUCAAGCAUGGCACUAUGUUUGUCAAGCCGAUGGUAUCCUUGUUCCAGGUGGAUUUGGUUCCAGAGGUAUUGAAGGUAUGAUUGCUGCUGCAAAAUAUGCAAGAGAAAAUAAUGUUCCAUACUUGGGAGUCUGUCUAGGCUUGCAAAUUGCUGUUAUUGAAUUUGUUAGAAAUGUUUUGGGUAUUCAAGGUUCAACUUCACAGGAGUUUGACACAUACAAGGAGGAGGAUGGAAUUAAACCAUCAGUUGUCUAUAUGCCGGACGUGGAUCAAAUCAAACUUGGUGGUACCAUGAGAUUGGGUAUUCACGAAACAAGAUUUACUCUGGACUCUAAAGAUUGCGUUUUGCGUAAACUUUAUGGUGGGUCUGAUGCAGUUUACGAAAGACACAGACACAGAUACGAGGUUAACCCGGAGUUGAUUGACGAGAUUGAAGAAAAGGGUUUGAAGUUUAUUGGUAAAGAUGAAAGCGGUAAACGUAUGGAAAUGAUUGAGUUGCCUCAAUCGAUGCACAAAUUCUUUGUUGGUACCCAGUACCAUCCUGAGUACUUGUCCAAGGUAUUGGAUCCAUCUCGACCAUUCCUUGGGUUGGUUGCUGCAUCUGCUGGUAUUUUAGAGGACAUUUUGGCCAGAGACGACUUGAACUACAAAGGUGAGUUUUAA